AUGGCUUCAUCUUCGGUAAAAGCCGGAAGAUUUUUCUUGCCUCGUGAGACAGCCCGUCAUGCAGCGACCAUCCUCGGAUUCCCAUCUCAAGCCUCCAUCGCCUCGGCAUACUACGAAAGCGCAUGCGCUGAUAUAGCUAAUUUGACAUCUGUCAUUUCGGCCCAUGAGCCAGUCCGACUCUAUACGCGACCCGAAGAUGUCCACAAAGCAAAGUCAAUGGUUAGCCAAGCCAUUACCAAAUAUCCGAGCGAUACCUCGAAUAUCAGUGUCAUUCCAUUCGCCACAAAUCACCUCUGGGUCCGCGAUACAGGUCCUGUCUAUCUACAUGGCGUUGGCAUUUCUAUCAAGCAACGUUUUGCAAUCAACUUCGAAUUCAGUGAAUGGGGAAGAAAAUAUGAUAUUGGCCACCAUGACCGGGUUUCAGAUCGCUUUGAUUGGCCUGUGAUGACGCCGGAACAGAUUGAAGAAAACGGAAGCUUUGCCCGCAGAGUUAUCCAGUCGGAUGUCACCCCGUCUCCGGUGACUCUAGUGGAAUCACAGAUUUGUUUGGAAGGUGGUGCACUAGUUGUGGAUGGCGAAGGUACACUUCUGGCCACCGAAAGCAGCGUCAUUAACGAAAAUCGCAACCCAGGUCUUUCGAAGACUGCGAUCGAGGCAGAGCUACGUCGUCUCUUGGGAGUUGAGAAAGUUAUCUGGUUCCCUGGCAGGAAGGACCUGGAUGUUACUGAUGUGCAUGCUGACGCUGAAGUCAAUUUUGUCAGGCCCGGAGUUGUGGUCCUCUCGCGACCCCAUUCUAGUGUGCCAAGACCAUGGGUGAAGGUUUACGAAGAGAUCAGGGAUAUUCUGGGACAGUCAGUUGAUGCCAAGGGUCGCCCCUUUGAGAUACACAUAGUAGACGAGCCGAACCCGCAGGUGUUUGGGAUCCUGUCCUACAACGACCCGGCGACUAACUAUGUGAAUUUUUAUUUCGUCAAUGGGGGGCUCAUUCUUCCACAAUUCGGCGACAUUCGGCGAGAUCAGGAAGCCCUCGUGCUGUUUCAGAAGCUGUGCCCUGAUCGCAUAGUGCGGCCUGUGUUUGUGUCUGCGCUUCCGUUGGCUGGGGGUGUGAUUCACUGCGCAACACAACCAGUUCUUUCGAAUGAAUGA